AAUAAUAAUAAUAAAAAUAACAGAAACAACAAGAAGAAGAAAAAAGCAAUAAAACUUUUAUGAGAGCUCGGAGAUUUUGAUUGUUUCUUUCUUCUUGCGGUUGCAAUCCCAAAUCUCAAUUCACCGAAGCAAAAAAAAAAAGGAAAUUCUGAUUACGUAAUAAUACGACGUCGUAAAGUAGAAGAAUAAUUCGCGGCGGAUUGGGAUGGCGCGCGGCGGCGGCGGCGGUAGCGUGGUGGAGUCGGCGGCGGCGGUGAUAGCUUACAAUCUGAAAGACUCGUCGAGUUGGUGGCACGACAUCAAUGCCUCGCAGCUCUGGCAAGACCGAAUCUUCCACGGCCUCGCCAUUCUCUACGGCCUCGUCGCCGUCGUUGCCCUGGUUCAAUUGAUCCGGAUACAAGUGCGGGUGCCGGAGUACGGCUGGACCACUCAGAAGGUCUUCCACUUUCUCAAUUUUGUUGUCAAUGCAGUUCGAGCAGCAGUGUUCAUUUUCCGCCGGCAAGUACAGAAGCUGCAUCCAGAGAUUCUCCAACAUGUAUUGCUUGAUAUGCCGAGUCUGGCUUUCUUCACUACUUACGCGCUCCUGGUUCUGUUCUGGGCAGAAAUUUACUAUCAGGCGCGUGCUGUUUCUACAGAUGGACUGAGGCCGAGCUUCUUUACAAUCAAUGCUGCUGUUUAUGUAAUUCAGAUAUCUAUGUGGUUGAUAUUAUGGUGGAAGCCUAUCCCAGUCGUGAUCAUCUUAUCUAAAAUGUUCUUUGCAGCUGUCUCGUUAUUUGCAGCCCUUGGAUUUCUUCUGUAUGGUGGAAGACUCUUUUUGAUGUUGCAGAGAUUUCCUGUGGAGUCAAAAGGAAGACGUAAGAAGCUGCAGGAGGUUGGCUACGUGACAACCAUAUGUUUUACUUGUUUCCUUGUCAGAUGCGUAAUGAUGUGCUUAUGUGCAUUUGACAAGGCGGCAGACCUUGAUGUUUUGAAUCACCCAGUUCUAAACUUAAUAUAUUACCUGUUGGUGGAGAUAUUGCCUUCUUCUUUGGUUCUUUUCAUUUUGAGGAAGUUGCCUCCAAAGCGUGGGAUCACACAAUAUCAUCCUAUUCGCUGAGGGUAUGAUAAAAGCAACCAAGGGUGAGGCAGUUAUGAAUACAUUGACUUUGAGAUACUUAUCUACUUUUGAGGACAAUGAAAUCAUGAAGGGGCGAAGCAAAGUUGACCAUUCUGUGCAUUGAGGAACUGUUGUAUUGGGAAGUUUUUGUUCUCAGCACAGGGGUGGUAGAUAUGUUAAAAAAGAAUUGACCUUUUAAGGAUCGUCUCGUAUGUGUUAGUAUCAUGGUCUUUUUAUUUUGGAUGUCUUCAAAACAUGCAAUUGGUGCUUUGUUGUUUAAACAGCGUCUUUAACCUAAGUGCCUCCAUGAAAGGGGACCCAAAAACAUGUAUUUAUGUAUGUUUGGUAUAGAAGUAAUCGAUAACAUCUCUACAA